AUGAAGUCCCAUCUCCUCCUCCCAGCAGCUCUGCUGUCCCUCGCCGGCGCCGCCACAAUCCCAGAAUCCGCGAACCCCAACACAGCCAACCCCAUUGUAGUCCCAGACUCGGUUCUCGACGCCGCCAUCCGCGAACCCCUCCAAAACUUUGUCGCCGGGCCCGUCCGCGGCUCCGACCCGGCCCAGCUCCUCCCCGUCGGCGCGACCGAGCCCUCCGAGGCCGAAGAGUACGCGCUUGCGGCCGCGGGCCAAGUCGCCUGGGCCGCCAUCGAGCUCGAGGCCUCGGACGCACUCGGCGGCCUCGCCUCCUCCUCCGCAGAACAGGAGAGCCUGAGCGAGGCAAGGGCCGCGGCCGUCAACGCCAUUGCCAAGAACGUCGACGCUUCGUCCGCUGCUGCUGCUGACGACCCUCCGCGUCGGGAGCCCAAUGACUUCCACCUGGGCAUCACCAAGGACCAGCUCUGUGAAUAUUACAAGGGCAUCGCGUGGAAGACGGGCAACUUGCAGCGGCCCGUGUACCAGUGGCAGUAUGAAUAUGUCCCGUGGCUCAUCUACAACAAGGGGCCUUACAUUUUUGUCCUAGACGGCCUCCGUCACAUCGAAUGGAUCCUCUGGAAGAUUGAACGCGCCCUAAUCAAUACCACCGCCUUCACCCCAGAGGAAGAAUUUGAGAUCCUCUCAUGCUACUAUGAUUACUCUGGCCGCGAGACGCAAAUCACCCGCGUCCCCACCGGGGCGCCGGCCCUUCCCCAAAACACAACCGGACCGUCGCCGAGUCUCCUCCCCCGGGACCUCGUCGACCCGGUCACCACCGCCACCAUCACCAUUCAACCACCCCAACCCACCGACCUGCCCCCCAUCAACCGACCCGGACACAGAGGCGCCUCAUGGCCGCACAUCCCCUGGCGCCGCGAGCACCCCUCGCUGAAGAAGCUCCUCCGCCUCAUCACCGCAAAGGCCCCGGUAUCAAAGUAUCAGUCCUACGCGAACCACCGCAUCCACAAUGUCUUGAGGCAGCUCGAGCAAACCACAUUGGCUUCUGCCGUUGCCUUACGCGACAAGUUUCAGGACCCGUCCAUUCAGGUCUUUCUCGAUUACGACAUUGCGCCGGGCCAGGGUAUCCGCCGCGCUUUUGAAGUAGCCGUCGAGGCCUAUGAGGUCAAAUGA